AGAGGAAGAGACAACAAACCCUACUGUAAUGCUUCCUUACUAACGGUCGACAUUUCUAUCUUUACCCAAAACACACACGCCAACCAACCAACCCAAAAUAAAAACUACCCUUAGCCUCCUCCACUGUGAAUACAUUUUAAUUCAUCUCUUUUUAACUGUUCUCUCCCCCCUCUAUCUAUUGCUUCCCAUCCGAACCUAAUUUUUCAUUACCGUUGCACCGAGCCUAAGUUUAAAUUAUACCCCCCAACGCCACUCCUUUAACUCAUUUUUGCAGACAAACUCAAUCUCAUCUCUGUCUACUUUUUCUCCGUGUGUACAGUUGAAGGGAAAAUGGUGUCAAAGGCUCUCAAGAAAACACCAACCAAGUCUAUCAAAGACCGUCGGGGUUGCCACCGCCGUCAAAAGAAGAAAUCUCCAGCGAAAACCCAUUGUAUUGGUGCUUCCUCUAAUGCCAUCUUUGCUUCCAUUAACAAAACUAUCUAUUCUUGCAAGCGCCGUCUCGCUAAGAUAUUCUCCAAAUUGGCUCGCAUUAGCACGCCUAAUAGCCGCUACAAAGGAUAUAAGAUCCUGAAAAACGGAGUUAAAGAUCGAAAGAGAGAACAAGAACCUGAUGUUGAAAAGGAUGGCAUCUGUAGAGUUCUCUUCUUUAAUGAAAAGUUGCCGCCUUUGAUUUCUCCAAAUAAAAGAACUGUUUUUCUUGAUCUUGAUGAGACUUUAGUGCAUUCCAAGGCAGACCCACCUCCACAUGUGUUUGAUUUUGUUGUGAGGCCAAAUAUUGAUGGUGAAUUCAUGAAUUUUUAUGUGUUGAAGCGACCGGGAGUAGAUGAAUUCUUGGAAGCAUUGGCAGCAAAGUAUGAGGUGGUGGUGUUCACUGCCGGAUUAAAGGCGUAUGCUUCGCUUGUUCUUGAUAGAUUGGAUGAAAAGGGGCUAAUUUCGCAUCGUUUAUAUAGAGACUCAUGUAGGGAAGUUGAUGGGAAGUUUGUUAAAGAUUUGUCUGAGAUGGGGAGGGACUUGAAGAGAGUGGUGAUUGUUGAUGAUAAUCCUAAUUGCUACACAUUUCAGCCUGAUAAUGCAAUUCCAAUUAAGCCUUUUAUUGAUGAUCUCAGAGAUGGAGAGUUGGGAAAGUUGGCCAAGUUUUUUAAUGGAUGCGAUGGUGUUGAGGAUAUGAGGAAUGCUGUGAAGCAGUUUGUUUGUGGUGAAGGUGAUAAUAAGAAGGUUAAUGUACAAGUGUAGUUUGUUUCUUCUCCCCCUUUUUUUUUUUUUUUUUGGGUCUUUCUUUAGGUUUCUUUCAUGAAAUGAUUGUGUUGAACAGAUAAUUAAUUGUUCAAUCUCAAAUGAGAGCAAGAAACUCAUGGUAAUAAUAGCAUUUUAUUUUAUUUUA